CCUACCUACCCACCAACCCAAAGAUUCCCAUCCAUCAAAGUUGACCAAAAACUAUCACAAACGAAACACUAAUCAUUUUUCUAUAAAGAUCAAAAACUCUUAAUCAUCUCCUAAAAAUCACAAUUCACAUAAAAAUGGGUUCUACAAAUCAAGAAGAAGUGAGGCUAUUAGGAAAAUGGGCAAGUCCAUUUAGCAACCGAAUAGAUCUUGCUUUGAAACUCAAAGGUGUUCCAUACGAAUACUCUGAGGAAAAUCUACCUAUUAAAAGUGAAGAUCUUCUCAAGUACAAUCCUGUUUACAAGAAGGUACCUGUUCUUGUUCACAAUGGAAAUCCAAUUGCUGAGUCACUUGUCAUUCUUGAGUAUAUUGAUGAGACAUGGACAAAUAAUUCUCUUUUGUCUCAAGAUCCUUAUGAGAGAGGUUUGGCUCGGUUUUGGGCUAAGACUCUAGAUGACAAGAUCUUGCCUGCGAUAUGGAAUGCAUGCCGGGGUGCUGAAAAGGGAAGUGAAAAAUCUGUGGAAGAAGCCUUUGAAGCUCUAAAGCUACUAGAAGAUGAAAUCAAAGACAAGAAAUUCUUUGGUGGAGAAACCAUAGGACUUGUUGAUAUUGCUGCAAGUUUCAUAGGUUAUUGGGUUGAUAUAUUACAAGAAAUUGCUGGAUUAAAGUUACUUACUAUUGAGAAAUUUCCAAAGGUGUUUAAAUGGAGUCAAGAAUUUAUCAAUCACCCUGUUAUCAAAGAAGGGUUGCCUCCAAGAGAUAAACUAUUUGCUUUUUUUAAAGCCUCAGCUCCAAAAUAGAGACAAUCUUUGAGGUUGGGUUCAUAUUUUGUUGUCAUGAUUUAAUUUUCCUUCAAAGAAAUGAAGUUACUGAUUUGAGUUGUAAGCCAAAAACUUUUUCUGUGUUUGAUUGAUGAACUUAACAAAAUGUGUUUCAUAUUGGAUAUGUUUCAUAUUGGAUAUAUCAUUAGUGAUAUAUCUGUUUUUUUUAUUUUAUUUAUUUUUUUAAUUUUUAAAUUUGAAUAUGCUUUGAUCAUUGUCUUCACGCGAUCAAGAUUCUUUUAGUCAUAUAUUUUGAUAUGAUCAACGGGGGAAUGUAUCGUCGAUGAUUUCAUUUGGAAUAUUAAGAUGACAGCUUGGAAAUGGUCGUUCAUCGGCAAAAUUGCGUUCACCAAAUGUAACUUCAAUGAUUUUAGUAGAAAUUUUUUGGUUUAUUUAAAAUAGAUAUCACUUGGUUUGUAAUUUUGUCGGAUUUGAAUUUAUGUGCUCUU